GAGGCGAGCAUCUUUAUUUUCGAAUUUAGUUUCUGUAGCACCUGUAUAACCGGAGCACACCGGAGUCAUUCCUACCCCUUUUUUUCUUCGACGUUACACCUUUUCGACCGAUUCCACCGGUUGUCUCAAGCCGAUCAACAUAACAGGUGAUGGGUAUCCGAAGUAGCAUCGGGUUUGGUCGUUGCCAGCCGUUGCAAGCUCUGCACGUGAAAGCUCCAAGAAAGAAGAAACAGACAGUGCGUUGUAAUCCGUUGUUACGUGAGUUUACGCCGAACGACCGAGCUACUAUUCCGGUAGGUAUUUCGUAACGUUCGGGAACAACGAACAGCCCCCGCAAAAACGUUAUUUAGACAUUCUUAAUUAAAGUGAAAUCGGUUUGGAAAUUUCGAAUGACAUUAUUUUUAAUUCAUGUCGGAAUUUGAGUGUUAGUUUUUGGAAUUAUGCACAUUUAGAAAAACGAUUUGAAACUCGGAACGCAGUGACAGUUUUCCCGCGAUUUGCAUUUCCGGUAAAGUGCUGAGUGUUUUAAGGGAUUUAACUUAAUUCUCUUGGAAGGAAUACAUUAAAUUUACCAAGUUUUCUGGCUAGACUUUUAAAAUGUUUACUUUUUUCUUCGUAAUUGUAUGGUGAUUUAUUCACGGAUCGGAGCGCUCUGUGCAGUGCCGAAGGAUUUACUUAACAGAUGCGUACAGAUUAGUGGCAGUACUUAUUAAAAUGUUUGUUUUUGUAAUCAUUUAAUUGUUUUAAGUGAUUUAUGGAGUGAUUAUUUCCACGGUUAUUUACUUGGAUUACACUGGGCUUUAACAUGGAUACCUAUCUCUUCACAGUGUUAUACCUGUUCGUCUUCCUCUUAACGAGUCAAGUAAAAGCCCAACAGCAAUAUUUUCGCGUGCUGCCGAGGGACUUGAAAGUACAAGAGGGCGGCGAAGCGAUGUUGGAGUGCGAGGUUGCCAAUUUAGCCGGACAAGUGCAAUGGACCAAAGAUGGAUUUGCUCUAGGUUUUUUGUCGGUAAUUCCCGGAUUCCCUCGUUACUCCGUGAUAGGGGACAGAAGACACGGAGUUUACAACCUGAGAGUGAGCAACGCCUCCCUCGAGGAUGACGCUGAGUACCAGUGCCAGGUGGGGCCCGCUAGACUCCAGAAGGCCAUCAGGGCCAACGCCAGACUCAACGUUAUUUCGCCUCCGUCCUCGGUGGAGAUAUUAGACCACACACACAAUUCCAAAAUAGAAAUAAAGGAAAACCAAGAAUUUAAUUUGGAGUGCAGGGUUAGAAAUGCGAAGCCCGCAGCUAAGAUCGUCUGGUACAGAGGCAACGUGGAAAUUAAUAUACCAAAUCGGGAAGACCAAACAAUCGAAGUUCCCGGCAAAAACGGCGACAAACGUGUAACUCGUUACGACACCCACUCGAGGAUAGCCUUAAAACCCACAGCAGAAGAUGAUUUUGCAGAAUACACAUGCGAGGCUAGGCAUGAAGCGUUAUCUCAAGAUAUCCCCAUGAGAACUACCGUCCAACUCAGUGUACUCUAUCCGCCAGCUCUUCCAUACAUCGAAGGGUACGUAGAAGGUGAAACGAUACGACGGGGUCAAACGGUUGAAUUAGUAUGCAGGUGUAGAGGCGGCAAUCCGCCAGCACAACUUAUUUGGUACAAAAAUGGGGAACAAAUUCGUAUGGCGUACAGGACAGCUGGAAGAUUAUCUGAAAAUGUUUAUACAUUUACGGCAGAUGCCAGCGAUAACAAAGCCAAAUACAAGUGCGAAGCUUCUAAUGUGAUGUCUAAGACGUCGUUGAAGGCAGAAGUUGAAAUGAGGGUACUAUUUUCACCAGCCCAUGUUACGAUUUCUGGCCCGACCGAAGCUCGAGUGGGCGAUCCAGUACCUCUAACUUGCACCACAGCAAACUCAAACCCUCCAGCCGAAAUAAAAUGGAUGGUAGCGGGAAGACAAGUUCGAAAUGCCACAUCCAGAACGGUCAUUUCUCCUGAAGGUGGUUGGAUUACGACUUCAAAUAUCACGGCUGUAGUUGAGCCUAAUAGAAGAAGUCUAGUGGUUAUUUGUCAUGGUGUAAACAUGCAGCUUACAGAGAAUGUUGUUUCUACACAUACUAUCAACGUUUUAUAUCCUCCAAGUCAACCAUUCAUUCAUGGCUUCACGGAGGGUUCUCACAUUCCAUCAGGAACUGUCCAAAAAAUUUCUUGCACGUCUUCCGGUGGAAAUCCUUUGGCUACUAUUACUUGGUAUAAGAAUGACAAGAAGAUUCAUUCUACUGUCAGAACGACUGAUAAAUCUGUAACAGCAGAAAUGACGAUACUAACAAAUGUAACUGACAACGAAGCUAGAUAUAGAUGCGAAGCUGCCAAUUCUGCAACUGAAAUACCUUUAUUUGAAACUAUAACGAUGAGCGUAUAUUUUCCUCCCGACCAUGUGAAAAUCCACCAAGAACCUGAAGAAUUAAAACCUAACGAAGAAGCGACGUUGAUUUGCGACUCUAGCUCUAGUCAUCCCCCAGCGACGCUAUCUUGGUGGAGAGAGGGCAUUCCUGUAGUUGGACUGAAUAAUACCACGAAACCUGGACUUCACGGUGGCACCAUUUCCACCAUCGAAAUGAAAAUAAAUGUCACCGAACAAAUGAACGGAAUUGUCUAUACUUGUCAAGCCAAUAACGUCGUUUUGCAGAGAUCGGUUCAUGAUGCUAUCACACUUCAAGUACUAUACAAACCGGUGUUUGAUCCAAACAACGAAGACGCCGUGACCGGAAUAGAAAACGAACCUCUAAUCAUAUCCCUAAAAGCCGAUGGGAAUCCCCAAAAUAUUGUUUACACGUGGACCAAAGAUGGAUUACCAAUAACGCAACAAUCAUCUUCGAACGGAGUAGAAAGAAUUGUAUCGGACGGAUCGAUUAUGAAUAUCACGAGAUUGAGUAGAAAUGAUGCUGGAACUUACACAUGUGAAGCAUUGAACUCCCAAGGAAGCAACGUUGCCAUAGUAAAUGUUACCGUACAGUAUCCCGCUUCAAUAAUACAAACCAGCGGAAACGUAAUAGCCAAUCCGAAAGAAGACGCGACUCUUUCUUGUACCGCCGAUGGCAAUCCUUUAGCCGACGAUACAAUAACUUGGAAGAGAGACGAUUUUCCAGAGUUCGCCGCCCGAACGUCGGUAAUGUACGACAAAAACGGCACUUCCUACCUUAGGAUAUCGGGAGUAACGAGAGAGGAUCUCGGAAACUUCGCGUGCGUCGUAAAUAAUGGCGUCGGAAAUUCUACGUUCAAAGAAGUCAUGCUCAUUGUUAAACAUAAACCGGAAAUAGAUGGACAACCUCUAUUUUUGAAAUUUGCAAGUGACGCGGGUGACACUGGAAAGUUAAUUUGCCGCAGUCAGGCAUCGCCGUUAGCUAGAUACACUUGGGCUAGAAACGGUGCGCCAAUAAAUUCAAAUACCAGUGGAAAAUACUACAGCACGUAUCGCCAGAUCGAUCAACUCGUUUCCGAAUCAACAUUAUACAUCACCCACGUAACAUCCGCCGAUUAUGGAAGCUACGAAUGUGUAGCUAGAAACGAACUAGGCUUCGCAACGAAAUCUCCCCGUUUAGAGGUAACCUCAGCUCCAGAUACACCGACGUUACUGACAGUUCUAAACGUAACCCACGAUUCGGUUACGUUAGGUUGGACUCCCGGUUUCGACGGCGGCAUGAGAGCAUCGUAUAGAAUUCGGUACAGAAAAGUUGACGACGAAGGAUAUAAAUACGAAGACGUCGUUGGAAGCAACGUUACUAAUCACGUCGUUAAAAAUUUGGAUAUUAAUACUCAGUAUAUUUUUUCUAUUAUGGCGUCGAAUAAGUUAGGGAAUAGCAAGUUUAUGCCUGAUUUGCUGUCGGCGAAAACUUCAGUGUUCGUUGGAGAUGGCGUCGAAAAAGUCAUUCCCGACGAUCUUUUGGAAAAGCAAGACUUACCCAGGAUAGUGAUCAUUAGCGUUUCCGUGAUAGGCGUUAUUCUUUUGUUUAUAAACAUUGCCUUAGUUACCGGAUGCAUGUUGAAACGAAGAGCUAAACGAAUGAGAGAGCAAAAUAAUCAGACGAGUAAGUCGGCAACAAUAGAAAUGUACGCCCCUAGUAGCUACAAUGACACAGUUACUGGAGAAACCCUUUCAUCAGUUAGCGAAAAGAGUGAAACUUAUAGCAAUGAAGAAGGGAACAAUGAAUAUAUGGACGAUAACAGGAAACCCACAAGUAACUCGUACUUAAUCGAACACCAACCUGAUUAUCCAGGUGCGUAUCCGACGUACGAAAUGCAAAUGCCUGCCCAAACCGGUAUUAAUAUGGCCCACAAGACCCACACCUUGCCCCAUCCCCAUCAUCACCACCAUCACCUGGCUCACGAUCAGAGACCGAGGGCCAGAGAUGACCAAAGUCUCGGCUACCAUGGUGGCAUGUCAGGAAAAUCGUCCUAUGUUAGCGCCCCCUCACCGGCGCCACCAGCAGACGGUUCGUACUACAACAUGUCCGAUAGAUACUUAUCAUACCCCCCGCCACUAGACUUCCAGAACCCGCCACCAAUUCCAGCCCAUCCGCAUUUGACGCACAUGCAUACCCCGAUUACUCCUCCUCUACCAGCCAAUGGUUCUCUUGUGCGUCAUCCAAGAGCGGUCCCUCCGCCUGACGUCCUGCACAACACCAGCCAGAACAGUCAAAUCCUUCAAGCUCAAAGUCUGUCUCAAAAACGGGAACUGACCAGUUUCGGUAACGGUUACGGCGUUAACGAACAGGAGGGACAUCUCGUUUGAGAUCAGGGGGAAAUUUUGUACGUUUUGUAAAGUUCGUUUUUUAUUCCGAGUGUGUUUUGUCCAAUACUUACGAUUUAAAUGUAAAUUAUGAGAAAAGACUGGUGUGCGUGUACAUAUAGGUAAAAAGAAAAUAAUUCUAGUAAUACUCAAUACAUGUGAUUUUGAAAAUUGAUAUCAUUGCAAUAGUCUGUAAUAAAAUUAUUGUAAAAGGUGCAUCGGAAAAGGAAUUCAGUGUUAUUCGCUGGUUACUCAAUAGUUUUGGGUUUCAGUUUUAAGUAUCUAAUGAGUUUAUUUACUACACUGCGCGUUUUUCAGGUUUAAAAAAUUUGCGAAAAGAGUAUUGACCAUUUUUUUGUCACAGACAUCUCCUGUUUUCUUAGUUAAUGGUACAAGACAAAAAACAUUGUUCAAAUUGAAAUUUAUUUGAAUAUGAUGAAGAUUCAUUUAAACCGAACUCUGCUAGACUUGUUUUAACUUUUGACAAAUUUAACUUUUCAAAAAUAAAAAUAGAUUGUGAGCCACAAUCAAAUAAAGCACGAACAUUACAAUGUUUAAUAGUUUUGGUAAAAAAAUCACUUUAUUGUAGGAAAAUUUCAAAAUUUUGCUAUACAAUUCGGUAGAUAGAUUUUAAAAAUACAUUUUCUUUGAAUUUUUUUAUAAAUUUCUGAAAAACCGCGAAAAUUUUACGGUUUUUUUGAUUCAUUCUCAUAAUUUAUUCAAAGAAUCAACGUCUUGCUUUGUUUCAGGUAAACACCCUGUGAUAUUAUCUAUUAUGAAGCAAGAUAUUUGAAUUGACGUUUGAAUAAGAUGGUUGAAUUUGACAUUUGAAUUUACUGACAUUUGAAUUUCUUGAUAUUUAAAUUUCUUGACAUUUAAAUUUCUUGACAUUUGAAUUUGACUUUGACGGUUGAAUUUAAAUAUGUUGAC